AUUGUCAAAAGCAUCCUAAAACCAGAUGAGAUGAUAAGAGUCCGAGGAUCAUUUCUGGGACCUGUAAUGAAGCUCAGUGAGAGAGGAUUGAAGUUAUCAGCAAAGAUAGUCUACGCCAUUCUCACUAGAAGCAUCGUUUCUGUCAAGGAGAAUGAAGCCUGGUUCCAUUUCGGUGCGCAGCCAAUGAGGUUCUCUAUAAGAGAAUUUCAUAUGAUGACAGGCUUGAAAUGUAGUGGUGCAUUAGAAGGACCACGAAGGGAAACCGAGAGAUUUAAUUGGGAAUUGCUAAAGGGGCGUAGUCAUAAGUUAAGUGACGUGGUGGACCAGCUCAGAAACACAAGAGAAGAUGCUUCUGAGGAGAGAAUAUGCCUCGCAAUGCUCAUCCUGGUAGAGAGCAUAUUAUUGCGGAAGAGCAAAGGAGGGAGUUUUCCUUUGGAAUAUGCGAAAAAUGCACAGGAUAUGACAUAUCCAUGGGGAAAAGAGGCUUACAUUGUGCUCCUGAAGUCAAUUCAAAACGCUGUCGCGAAUCAUUUGGAGAAUAAAUCCAAAUUUGAGUUGCAAGGUUAUCCUCUAGUAUUCCUUCUUUGGAUACUAGAGUCGAUUCCUUUGCUAAGGAAUAAGUUCAGUAAGUGUGUACCAACAGUUGAGGUUCCUGGGCCGACUUACUUGUGUGAAAAAUACACUGAGGUAGAGAAUCCAUCACUUGAUAGGGUUUUACAGGUUGAAGCUGAUACAAAGCUGAAGGUCCAUUGCAUACUACCUUCUAUUCCUCAUGAUCCAGAAGAUGAUAUCUCCAUUGAAGACAAAUAUAGUGACGAGCUGGAAACAGUGAAAGAUGUAACAAAGAAAGGGUACAAGAUUACAGCCGAUGACUGGGAAAAUAGGUGUGUAGACACAUUUGACACAUUGGAUGCUCUUAUUCAAAUGAUGGCAAAUAAGGAGACUGGCCAAGCUUCUACUCCGAUUGAUGAGGAUUCAGUAAAUGAAAAAGUGAACAGGAUCAUCACGGUAAUGGAGGAGAAUCUGAAGAGCAUGAAGGAUCGAAUGUCAUUACUGGAAGAAGAAAACAUACAUCUUAGAGCUCGUGUGUCAGAGUUGGAAGGAAACAACAAUGUUUUUCCCACUAACGUGACACAAAAGGUAAAUUCUCAAAACAUCUUCUUUUACAUUUGCAUUUUCAAGUAUUUUUUGGAAGAUCUUGUACAUAUUCUUGAAUGCCUUCCUAAUAUUUGACAAACAGCGAUCCAGUGGGACACCUUUAUCUCCAAUGUCUCAC